UGGGCACACAGGUGCAAAGACAGAGGACAGAGGUCUGAGGGGGGUGGACUUCUAGACUUAUUUUGAACACUUUUUAGGGGGAUCAAUCACAUGAACUUUGACACCACCACAAGAAAACCAGGAAAUACAGUUUGGAAUACUUAACAGGCGACUCUGUUCUAAAUUCUACUUCUUCCACUACAUCAUUUCAUCCUUAUUCGUCAUCGCUUUUGGAUGCCACUUCUUUUUUUUUCACUGGAAAAAAACAGAACCUUCUCUUUGAAGAACUAAACUUCUGCAACUUCUUUUGCUUCCUGUACGUUUACGCUUCCAAAUCGAUUUUUGUUCCCUGACCAUACUUCUGUCUUCCCUCUCCAAGCAAUCCUCCUCAAUCCAGCCUCCGCAGUCUCAUCCAUCCCCUCAGACCCUCUCAGUUUCCCCCCCCUGACCCUCGGACACCCCCGAGGAACCCAACGCCAACAUGGUGCUGAUGAAGAUGGCGUUUCCCUUUGAGAAGAGGGUGAAGCUGGCCCAGGGGCUGUGGCUGCUGUCCUGGUUCGCCACCCUGGCUGGAGCCUUAACCUUCACACUGGGAUGCUUCCUUAAGACGGAACUACGCCGGAGGGCGGAGGUGAUGGAUAACACCGAGAUCCACGCUGUGCCCAACACCCUCAUGAUUGUGGGCCUGGCGUCUCUGGGCAUCAACUACUUUGCUGGCCGCAUCUGUCAGGACGCCCUGGACGCCGGUCGAUUCCCGCGCUGGAAGAGCUUCCUGCAGCCGUUUUUCGGCGUGUCUAUUUUCUUCAGCUUCCUCAUGUUGAUGGCAGUGAUCAUGAGCUACGCCAUGAAGGGCAACCUGGAAUCCUCCCUGAAGAUAGGCCUGAAGAACGGCAUCCGCUUCUACAAGGACACCGACACCCCCGGAAGAUGCUUCCAGAAGCAGACCAUCGACCGGCUGCAGAUGGAGUUCCGUUGCUGUGGGAACAAUGACUACAGGGACUGGUUCGAGGUCCAGUGGAUUAGCAACCGGUACCUGGACUUCAGCUCCAAGGAAGUGAAGGACCGCAUCAAGAGCAACGUGGACGGCCGCUACCUUGUGGAUGGGGUCCCGUUCAGCUGCUGCAAUCCCAGCUCCCCUCGGCCCUGCAUCCAGAACCGGCUCACCAACAACUCAGCCCACUACAACUACGAACACCAGACCGAGGAGCUCAACCUCUACAUCCGAGGCUGCAGGGAGGCCCUGGUCAACUACUACAUGGGCCUGAUGAACACCAUUGGGGCUGUGGUGCUGUCUGUCUUCCUGAUUCAGGCGUCUGUGAUCGUGAGCCUGCGGUACCUGCAGACUUCCAUGGAGGCCGUGGCUGGGCAGGAGAACACGGAGAUUGAGACCGAGGGCUACCUGCUGGAGAAAGGGCUGAAGGAGACCUUCAUGGAGUACAUGAACCCCGUGCUGACCCUCCUCAUGCUCAACCAGGUGUCCAGCGAAGAAGGGGCGGGCGGGGUGGAGGCUGGGACUAGCAGCUAAAGAAGAAAUGUCUAGAGGGUUCCAACAGGUUGUCAAGGGGACACAGAUGGCACGGUUGACAGUCUGCACUUGGCAACACAGUAAAUAAAAUGAAUCAUGUAUUUCUAUGACAUCCCAUUCCUUUCAGAUACUGGUAAUUGUACGUAUAUGACUUGUGUUGCUCUGAAAUGAAGGAGCUGAAUCCUGUAAUCUGUUUCAGUUGCACUUGAGAGCAUAUAUAUUUUUGUAUCAGUCAUCAGUAUCACUAUCAGUUAUCAGAGUAAGAUACAAAGUAUUACCAAAAACACUUGGACAAGGAUUCAUACCACCGAGGUCGAUUAUAUUCACAUUUAAGUAGAUAAGACACACAUAACACACAGGCUUACAUAAUAAACAGUAAUCUCACUCCAAACCCAAAUAAUUUCCUCUAUGACUGAUAGACUUGUUAGACUUGUUAAGUUGAACAGUCUAAAAAAUUCUGAUUGGUACAUGUUUCCUUUUAAGGUACAAUGAGAUACAAUGUUCAUUGACCACAUUUUUACUUUGUUUUACCAGCUCAAUGAUUAAGUUAAGACGGAUACAAUGUUGAUCACAUGAAACUCAUUACCUGCAAUGAGUUCACCAGUGUAUUGCUCAGAAGAAUACAGCAGAAGUAUGACUGAAGCUCCAAAAACAGAUAAUUAAACAUUUAUGGUGUGUUACCCAUUUUUUUUCUUU